AUGUCUUCCAAACUUUUCCAGCCGCUCAAGGUUGGUCAGGCCCAGCUGUCUCACCGCGUGGUGAUGGCGCCCCUCACCCGCUUCCGCUUCGACUCCGACCACAUCCCGCUUGAUAUCGCCCUCGAGUACUACACCCAGCGCGCUUCGGUUCCCGGAACCCUCAUCAUCGCCGAGGCCGUUCUUAUCUCCCCCGCCCACGGCGGCUUUCCCAAUGCGCCGGGCAUCUGGAACGAGCGCCAGAUCGCGGGGUGGAAGAAGAUCACGGACGCCGUGCACGCCAAGGGCAGCAGCAUGUUCUGCCAGCUUAUCGCGCCCGGUCGCGCAGCCGUUGUCCCCGUCUUGGAGAAGGAGGGUGGCCACCCCCUGCUGAGCUCCAGCGCCGUGCCGAUCAGUCCGGAAUCGCCCGUUCCCAAGGAGAUGACGGCCGAGGAUAUUGCUGCGGCCGUCGAGGACUUUCCGCAGGCCGGCAAGAACGCGAUUGCCGCAGGCUUCGACGGGGUCGAGAUCCACGGUGCCAACGGAUACCUGGUCGACCAGUUCCUCCAGGACACGUGCAAUAAGCGCACGGAUCAAUGGGGUGGAAACGUCGAAAACCGUGCCAGAUUCCCCGUCGACGUCGCCACGGCGCUCGCCGAUGCCGUUGGCUCCGAUAAGGUCGGCUUCCGCAUCAGCCCCUAUAGCAACUUCCAAGGGAUGAGGAUGGAGGAUCCUGUGCCUCAGUUCUCGUUUCUGGCACAGAAGCUGAAGGAGUUGAAGCUUGCGUACCUGCACGUUGUCGAAUCCCGUGUCAACAAUUGGGAAGACGUCGAGAAAGUGGAGGGGAUCGAGUUUAUCCUCGAGAUCUGGGACAACAUCUCGCCCAUUUUUGUUGCCGGCGGCUUCACCCCUGAGUCGGCGCAGAAGGCCGUGGAUGAAGAGUAUGAAAAAUGGGAUGUCGCCGUUGUCUUUGGCCGCCACUUCUUAGCGAACCCAGAUCUGCCGUUCCGCAUCAAACAUGGCUUGCCGUUAAACAACUACGACCGACAGACUUUCUACACUCCAUCUAUCCCCCAAGGAUACAUCGACUACCCUUUUCAUCCCGAUUUUAAGCCCGGCCAGCCCUUGGCCUAG